AUGCAGUCUAAACAAACUCUUAACGAUUUUCCAAAAAUUAGUGUAAACCUUAAAAAUUCGGCAUUAAGUGCUGUUAAGGCGUUGCAUGUUGUCGCGAACGGGGAUAAAGGGUUGCCGCGACAAACUAGGAAGAAUUUGCGGAAUUUUACAAAUUUUGCGUGGGAUAAAGAAUCCCAGGAAUAUUCCACAAAAAUAGAGGACACUAAAAACAAACUAAGUAUGCCGGACUUAGUAGCAGUUUGCAGUGUUUUAGAUCUGAACUACACUGGUUCAGAAGACGACGUGAUUGAACACGCUAGCGAUGAUGACGGCGAUAAAGACGUUUAUCACAAGGAAAACGGUAAAGACUUUACCGAAGACGAUCGCUAUAAUGAAGAUAAGGACGCAAAUAGUGAUAAAGACGCUUAUCACGAGGAAGAAGGUAAAUACGUUACCGACGACGAUAAUAAUGAUGACGAUAUGGAUGAUGAAAGGACGACGGAUUUAUUUACGAGGAAUAGAUCAAAAUCAAACAAAAUGACGAGAGGUAGACUGAAUGAUUCAUUUUCCUUAACUUUUAGAGACGUAGAGGACAGUAUAAGAAAUUUCGACGGAAAAGACGAUUAUCCCAUAGGAAAUGGAUCGCUGAUUUUGAAGAAAUUUCUAAUCUGA